GUGUGUGUGUGUGUGUGAAGCGCAUGCAGAGCAUCGGUGGAGGAGCACUAGCAUUGCGCUCACAUCGCUGUGUGUUUGUGUCACCCACCACGUAAAUGUUUACUACUGAGACAGGUGACAGUGCAGCGAGUUGCACAUAAACACGCACGUUGUUUCUCUGGCUGUGGCUGACUGUGAAAACUUAAAGGAGCAUCGGAUCGGCAUCGCGCCUGUUCGAAACGCAUCGGUGCAGAGCCAGCGCUCCUCAAUUUCAAAAGAACACCGUUAGAUAAGAUAACUGCAAACCUCCCUCAAUAACGGAGCAUUCUUUUUUGUGGUGGAUGUUGCCAGUGUUGUUGUUUUAUCCCGCAGUCCAUUAUUUCACUGGAAAAAAAGUGAGCUUCGCUGCGACGAGGGCAGAAGAUGGUUGAUCUGGAAAGCGAGGUACCUCCUUUACCACCCCGGUACAGAUUUCGCGACCUGCUGCUGGGAGAUCAGGGCUGGCAGAAUGACGACAGGGUGCAGGUUGAAUUUUAUGUGGAUGAAAACACAUUUAAAGAGAGACUGAAGCUGUUUUUCAUAAAAAACCAAAGAUCAAGUCUUAGGAUUCGUUUGUUUAAUUUUUCCUUGAAGUUACUAAGCUGCCUUUUGUAUAUAUGUCGGGUCUUAUUGGAUGAUCCCACAAAAGGAAACGGAUGUUGGGGAUGUUCCAAUCAGAACUAUACACUAGCAACAAUAAAUUGGGCUCCUAUUAUCUGGGUGAGGAGAAGUCUUCCUUUAUGGGGGUUACAGGUUACUGUGGCCCUGAUAAGUCUUUUUGAAACAACACUGUUGACGUAUCUCAGUUAUAAGGGAAAUCUUUGGGAGCAAGUUCUUCGGAUUCCAUUCAUCCUGGAAAUGAUCAAUACUGUGCCCUUUUUGAUAACAAUAUUUUGGCCGCCAUUGAGAAAUCUCUUUAUUCCAGUGUUCCUAAAUUGCUGGCUGGCUAAACAUGCUUUGGAAAAUAUGAUUAACGACCUUCACAGAGCUAUUCAGCGAACGCAGUCUGCUAUGUUUAAUCAGGUUCUCAUAUUAAUAUCUACAUUGCUGUGCCUCAUCUUUACAUGUAUAUGUGGGAUACAGCAUUUGGAACGAGCAGGAAACAACUUGACUCUGUUUGACUCCUUGUACUUCUGCAUUGUGACGUUCUCGACUGUUGGCUUUGGGGAUGUUACUCCUAAGAUCUGGCCUUCCAAGCUUUUGGUGGUUAUUAUGAUCUGCGUGGCUCUGGUAGUUUUACCCAUUCAGUUUGAACAAUUGGCAUAUUUAUGGAUGGAGAGACAGAAAUCUGGUGGGAACUAUAGCCGUCACAGAGCUCAGACCGAGAAGCAUGUCGUAUUGUGUGUGAGCUCCCUGAAAAUUGACCUGCUUAUGGACUUUCUUAAUGAAUUUUAUGCCCAUCCCCGAUUACAGGAUUAUUAUGUCGUGAUACUAUGUCCAACUGAAAUGGACAGUCAGGUUCGUCGAGUUCUACAGAUUCCAAUGUGGUCACAAAGAGUUAUUUAUCUUCAGGGUUCAGCUUUGAAAGACCAGGACCUGUUAAGAGCCAAAAUGGAUAAUGCAGAAGCUUGUUUUAUUUUAAGCAGCCGUUGCGAAGUUGAUCGAACAGCAGCUGAUCAUCAGACAAUAUUAAGAGCUUGGGCUCUUAAGGAUUUUGCACCAAAUUGCCCUCUUUAUGUGCAGAUUUUGAAGCCUGAAAAUAAAUUUCAUGUAAAGUUUGCAGAUCAUGUGGUCUGUGAAGAAGAAUUUAAAUAUGCAAUGCUGGCAUUGAACUGCAUUUGUCCUGCAACAUCAACUUUGAUCACCCUUCUCGUACACACCUCCAGAGGGCAGGAAGGUCAACAGUCUAAAGAACAGUGGCAGAAAGUGUAUGGACGAUGUUCUGGAAAUGAAGUUUACCAUAUUUUAAUGGAAGAGAGUGCCUUUUUUGCCGAAUAUGAAGGAAAGAGCUUUACAUAUGCUUCCUUCCAUGCACACAAAAAAUAUGGAGUCUGUCUGAUUGGUGCAAGAAGAGAGGAUAAUAAAAAUAUGUUGUUAAAUCCAGGACCUCGCUACAUUAUGACUGGAACAGACACUUGUUUUUACGUCAAUAUCACAAAGGAAGAAAAUUCAACCUUUAAAAAACACGAAGAAGAAAAAAGCAACAAGAAUCCCUCAUCAGUAUACCAUGGUCCUUCACGUUUACCUGUACACAGCAUCAUUGCUAGCAUGGGCACUGUAGCUAUUGACUUGCAAGACACAGGCUGUAGAUCAACAAGUGGCCCUAAUCUGACUCUUCCUACUGAUGGAACCAAAGGAGAGCGGAGACCUAGCAUUGCUCCUGUCCUAGAAGUAGCUGAUGCGUCUUUGAUUCAAGCAUGUGAUCUACUAAGCGAUCACUCAGAGGAUGAAGCAGUGCUGUCUGAUGAAGAAAGACCAAAAGAAGAGUUUGUUAAAGGGUACCCUCCGAAUUCUCCUUAUAUAGGCAGCUCACCAACAUUUUGCCAUUUACUCAGGGAGAAAGUACCAUUUUGUUGUCUUCGACUAGAUAAGGGUUGUCAGCAUAACUGUUUUGAAGAUGCUAAAGCAUAUGGUUUUAGAAACAAACUAAUAAUAGUGGCUGCUGAAACAGCUGGGAAUGGAUUAUAUAACUUUAUUGUGCCUCUCAGAGCAUAUUACAGACCAAAGAAAGAGCUUAACCCAAUAGUGCUCCUGCUGGAUAACCCGCCAGAAAUUCAUUUUCUUGAAGCAAUCUGUUGGUUUCCAAUGGUUUACUACAUGGUGGGCUCCAUUGACAAUUUAGAUGAUUUGCUUCGAUGUGGAAUUUCCUUUGCUGCCAAUAUGGUUGUUGUGGAUAAGGAGAGCACCAUGAGUGCAGAAGAAGACUACAUGGCAGAUGCAAAAACAAUUGUGAAUGUACAGACACUAUUCCGGUUGUUCUCAUUUCUCAGUAUAAUUACUGAACUGACACACCCUGCAAACAUGAGGUUCAUGCAGUUUAGAGCCAAAGACUGCUAUUCUCUGUCCCUGUCAAAAUUAGAAAAGAAAGAACGUGAGAAAGGCUCCAAUCUCGCAUUUAUGUUCCGGUUGCCCUUUGCUGCAGGAAGAGUGUUCAGUAUUAGCAUGCUGGAUACAUUGCUGUACCAGUCGUUUGUGAAAGAUUACAUGAUUUCUAUCACAAGACUUUUGCUUGGUUUGGAUACAACUCCUGGAUCUGGCUUUCUUUGUUCAAUGAAAAUCGCAGAAGAUGAUUUGUGGAUCAGGACCUAUGGAAGACUCUAUCAGAAGCUGUGUUCAUCUACUGGAGAUAUCCCAAUUGGACUUUAUAGAACGGAGUCUCAAAAUCUAGCUAUAUCUGAGUCACAGAUUUCAGUUAGUGUGGAUGACUGUGAAGACACCAAAGAAACUAAGGAUCACAUCAGCUACCGAAACAACCAUCGCAACUCAACGUCCAGUGACCAAUCAGACAAGCCAUUGCUAAGAAAGAAAAGUAUGCAGUGGGCAAAGCGGCUGAGCAGAAAAGUGCCAAAACACUCAAGCAAAACAGCUGAGAAAAUAAGCCAUCAGAGAAUGAACCUCUGCAAGAGAUCAGAAAGGCAAGAAUUAGCUGAGCUUGUUAAAAAUAGAAUGAAGAAUCUCGGUCUCUCCACCUCUGACUAUGAUGUAUUGAAUGAUCAUCAGAACACUCUUUCCUAUAUUUUAAUUAAUCCUUCACCAGACACAAGGCUUGAGCUGAAUGAUAUUAUCUAUCUGAUUAGACCGGAUCCUUUGGCAUUUGUUUCAAAGGAAACAGGCAGCAGGAAAAGCAGCUUUGGGAAUAACGCAGGAGAUGCUAAAGAUGAAACCCAACUUUGAACUUUUUCAUAAAUCCGACAUAUUGGCCUUCAAGUAUUACAGGACUGAAACUUUUUUACUUUCUUUUGAGUAUAACAGCCUUUAAGCUGACAUGAUAUGAUGGUGUCAUACAGUAAAUGUGUAUUUGUGAUCUUUGUCUGGUGAUACAGGUCAUGAGGUCUGUAUUUAUGUAAUACGAGUAGUCUGGCAUCUUGAUCUUUAGGCAUUACUGUCCCCAAUGCCAUUCGUUUAAAAUGAGAAAAUAAAUAAAGAGACGGAUACUUUG